AUGCCGUAUAACAAUGCGCCCAUCGAGCGGUCUGAUGAGAUCAAGGGCACAUCGGCUCUUCCACUUGCGAGGGUGAAAAAGAUCAUUGCGAUGGACGAUGAGAUUGGGCAAUGUUCCACCACCGGUGCCUUCGCAAUCUCAGUUGCUACAGAGAUCUUCAUCCGCUACCUAACAGAACAAGCAUAUAAUGUCGUCAAAUCCGAGCGGAAACCGCGGCGAAAUAUUGCAUAUAAAGAUGUCGCCACGGCGAUAUCUAGAAUUGACAAUCUUGAAUUCCUGUCCGAUACUGUCCCCAAGACCAAGACAUAUCGCCAAUAUAGGGAAGAAAAGGCCCGAGAAGCCGCCGCGCAAGCGGCAUCGUCUUCGGGAGCAACUAACGGAGCGGGCGCAGAGAAUGGUUCGAUCUCGAUACAGGACAUGAUGAAGAACCAGCAGCAAAACGGCAACGGCGUCAAUGGGGUCAACGGCUCUUCACAUGCCGACGGCACAGACCCAAGCGGCCCAGUUGCCCACAGGUCGGCUCAUCAGCGGACUCACAGCCAUCCUGACCCGGUCCGAGACAUCGAGAUGAGUGGCUAG